GGCGUCCUGUCUUGCCCUGUCCUAUCCUGGCCUGCUGUGCCCUGCCCGGAGGGGACGGGAGAGAACAAGAGGCAACAACAAAGGUUUUGUUACCAUGGUUUCAAAAAGGAAAUUGUCAAAAGUUGAUGAUUCUGGAGAGAGCUGCAAGGCAGAUUUGCCAAAAAUUAAGAAGUCACGGCUUUCUGAUAAGGAAAAUGCCUCUGCCCUCUGUGGAUUGGAGAAUGAGGGAGUCUUUGAAGAGCUCCUUAGGACAGCAGGAAUUGUGCUGAAAGCUGGGGAGGGACAGAAUGAAAUAGCUGUUGAUCAAAUGGCUUUCCAGAAGAAGCUCUGCCUGGCCCUGGAGAAGCACCCUACUUACCCAGGUGUUGUGAAGCAGUUCAUCAGUGGCCUGGAAUCUCACAUCAAGGAUAGGAACCAGUUCAAGAACUGUCUCUUGCCGUGCACUCCUGUACGGACUGAAGGGUCAAGGAAUCUGGUGCACUCAUAUUGCGAAAGCCUCAUUAAACUGCUUCUUGGGAUUAAGAUCUUACAGCCUGCUGUCAUAACGCUGUUAUUGGAAAAGAUUCCUGAAUUCUUUUUUGACAUUGUGGGCACCUUUGGAACAAAUUUCCCCCGGCUCAUCGUCAAUCAGUUCAAGUGGCUUGACAAGCUCCUUGACAGCCAGGAUCUGGUCAAGAAGUUAAUGCAGAUGGUUAGUGUCUCUCCAGUACCAAUCCAGCAUGAUAUUAUCACCAGUUUACCUGAGAUCCUGGAGGAUUCCCAGCAAAGUGAGGUUGCCAGAGAGCUCAGCUGCUUGCUGAAGCAGGGCAGACGGCUGACAGUUCCAAUCCUGGAUGCUCUUUCUCGUCUGGAUCUUGAUGCAGAACUUGUGGCUGAGGUGCGAAAGUCUGCCAUGACCAUUGUGCCAUCUGUAAAACUGGAAGAUUUGCCUGUAGUAGUAAAAUUCAUCCUCCAAAAUGUCAAGGCAGCAGAUGCAGUAGAGGUGAUUUCUGAUCUUCGUAAGAACUUGGAUCUGUCGUCAUGUGUUCUGCCCCUGCAGAUCCACAGUUCCCAGAAGAAGAUUAAAAGCCAAGUCCAGGCCAGUUCUUCCCUGAGCCAAGUAACCACCAGCCAGAAUUGUGUGAAGCUACUUUUUGAUGUGAUCAAGUUGGCUGUGAGAUUUCAGAAAGAUGUCUCAGAAGCAUGGAUUAAGGCUAUUGAGAAUAGCACAUCUGUGUCUGACCAUAAGGUUCUGGAUCUGAUUGUUUUGCUGCUAAUCCAUUCUACAAACACCAGGAACAGGAAGCAAACUGAGAAGGUCUUGAGGAGCAAAAUCCGAUUGGGCUGCAUGCCAGAACAGCUGAUGCAGAAUGCCUUCCAAAACCAUUCAACGGUUAUCAAAGACUUCUUCCCUUCAAUCCUAACCCUUGCUCAGAUGUUUCUGCACUCAGCACACCCAGCUGUGGUCUCCUUUGGCAGCUGCAUGUACAAGCAAGCUUUUGCAGCCUUUGACUCUUACUGCCAGCAGGAGGUUGUGACUGCUUUGGUGACUCAUGUGUGCAGUGGAAGUGAGGCAGAACUGGACAUUUCUCUGGAUGUGCUCACGGAUUUGGUGGUGCUGCACACAUCUCUGCUGAUGCGCUAUGCUGCCUUUGUGAAGACCAUUUUAGACUCUACGCAGAAACUGAAUCCAUGCCAGAUACGGAAGCUCUUCUACAUCCUCAGCACCUUAGCAUUCAGCCAGAGGCAAGAAGGGAGCUACAUUCAGGAUGAUAUGCACAUGGUGAUCAGGAAAUGGCUCUCCAGCACAGCUCCCAACCACAAACAAAUGGGGAUUAUUGGUGCUGUUUCCAUGAUAGGCAGAGUGGCAUUAAAAAGGAAUGAAGGAGAUGGUGGUUCACUGGAGAGACCAGAGCCGAACAGCGAGCGUGAUGGGCAGCUGUCUACCCUGCUGGACCUUGUGGGCUUCUGCUGUGAGCAAACACCAGAGAUCUUGGCUCUGUACUAUGAUGAAUUUGCUAGUUUGAUUGAGAAGCAGAAGGGCAAUUUGGAUUUGCAGCUCCUGGAUGAGUUUGGGAAGAGUUUGGUGGAGGACUUUCCCAGUGACUUCGUGGUAGACCUCAGCCCCACAGUGCAUGGAUCAUUCUUGUUCCCAGUGAAGGCCUUGUAUAAUCUGGAUGAAGAUCAAAGUCAGGAAGCAAUUGCCAUUAACCUCUUGCCAUUGGUGUCACAGAAUGAGCUGGGCAGGGUCACUGCUGGGGCAAGUAGCCAAAGUAAAAGGGCUGUGUCACCCAUGUGUCUGUCACCCUGUUUUCGAUUGCUGAGGCUCUACACUGCAGAACAAAACAGCGGAAGCCUGGAGGACAUCGAUGCCUUACURGGUUGUCCCCUUUACCUGACUGACCUGGAGGUUGAAGGGAAGCUGGAYUCUCUAUCCAAGCAGGAGCGUGAAUUUCUGUGCUCACUCCUGUUCUAUGCUCUCAACUGGUUUCGUGAGGUUGUAAAUGCUUUCUGCCAGCAACAGGAUGCUGAAAUGAAGGGGAAAGUAUUAACUCGCUUACAGAACAUCACAGAGCUGCAGAAUGUGCUGGGAAAGUGCUUGGCAGCAACCCCUGGCUAUGUCCCACCACCAGCUACCUUUGAUUGUGAAGCCCCGGAGGCUGCACCAUCCAUUAAUGCUGCUGGUCCAGGCAGAAAAAGGAGUGGAAGGAAAAAGAAGGCUGAUGGCAGCAAAGCUGGCUCUGCAGAUCGUUCUCAAGCAGAGGACAGUUCUGAGGGAAACCAGCCUGAUACUGAGCUCUCUGAGCUGGACAAGACUGCUGCUGAUAGAGAGGCAGGAAAUCCUCUGGCACAGCUGCAGAGCUAUCGCCCRUAUUUCCGAGAGCUGGACCUCGAGGUGUUCACUGUGCUGCACUGUGGACUCCUCACAAAGUCUGUCCUGGACACAGAGAUGCACACAGAGGCUCGUGAAGUUGUGCAGCUGGGGCCUGCUGAGCUUUGCUUCCUUCUGGAUGAUCUGUGCUGGAAGCUGGAACAUGUGCUGCCCUCRGGCUCCACAAGGAGGGUGCCCUUUCCAAAGGAAAGAGGCAACAAGGACAUUGGCUUUUCCCAUCUGUGUCAGAGAUCCCCCAAGGAAGUUGCUGUUUGUGUGGUUGAUCUACUAAAGCCAUUGUGUAAGCACAUGGAGAACAUGCACAACUACUUCCAGGCUGCUGUACAAAAUCAGGGUGCAGAAGAUGAACCAACAGUAAACAUCCAGGAGCACCAGCUGAUGUCCUCUUGCUACCAGCAGCUGUUACUUACUUUUCGCUCCUUAUUUGCUUGGAAUGGUUUUUCUCAGCAUGAAAAYASUGAUUUGCUGAGGUCAGCUCUCCGRGUACUUGCAGACAGGCUAAAGCCAGGAGAGACAGAGUUUCUUCUUCUUGAGGAACUGAUAAGUGAGAGUUUUCAGUACCUCCUGAACUUCCAGCAGAGUGUUCCCAGUUUCCACUGUGCCUACAUCCUCACUCAGCUCCUGAUUGCCAUCGCUGAGAAACCCAUGUCUGGCUGGAAGAAGGAGAAAAUGGCUUCUCUAGCAAAGCAAUUCCUCUGCCAGUCGUGGGUGAAGCCCAGUGGAGACAGAGAGAAGGGCAGCCAGUUCAACAGUGCCCUGCACACCCUGCUCUGUGUCUACCUGGAGCACACAGAUAACAUCCUGAAAGCCAUAGAGGAMAUCUCCAGUACUGGUGUUACUGAACUGAUGAACUCUGCCAAAGAUGGAUGUUCUUCUACUUACCCCACAUUAAGCAGGCAGACAUUCCCAGUUUUCUUCAGAGUGAUGAUGGCUCAGCUGGAGAGUUCAGUGAAAAGCAUCCCAGCUGGGAAACCAUCAGACUCAAGUGAGGUGCAGCUGGAGAAGCUGCUGCGCUGGAACAUUGCUGUGCGGAAUUUCCACAUCCUCAUUAACUUGGUCAAGGUAUUUGACAGCAGGCCUGUACUCAGCAUCUGUCUGAAGUACGGCCGCCUCUUUGUAGAAGCGUUUCUGAAGCUUGCCAUGCCUCUCCUGGACCACAGCUUUAAAAAGCACACGGAUGAUGUGCAGAGUUUGCUGAAAACCUUGCAGCUGAGUACUAGACAACUUCAUCAUAUGUGUGGCCAUUCCAAGAUUCACCAAGACAUUGGACUGACCAACCACGUGCCUUUGUUGAAGAAGUCCCUGGAACAAUUUGUGUACCGAGUGAAGGCAAUGCUGGCAUUCAACCACUGCCAGGARGCCUUCUGGGUCGGCAUCCUCAAAAAUCGGGAUCUUCAGGGAGAAGAAAUUUUGACUCAAGCCAGUGAGGAGAGGGGCUCAGAUGAGGACGAGGAGGACGCAGAGGACUCGGCGGAGGGCCCCGCUGAGGAGGAACCGAGCGGCAGCGACACGGACGGCAGCGAGAGCGGGGGGGACCCGGUGCAGCGGGAGAUCCACCAGGACUGGGCCAACCGCGAGUACAUCGAGGUGAUCACCAGCUCCAUCAAGAAGAUCGCGGACUUCCUCAACUCGUUCGACAUGUCGUGCCGGUCCCGGCUGGCCACUCUGAACGAGAAGCUGACGGCGCUGGAGCGGAGAAUCGAGUACAUCGAGGCCCGGGUCACCAAGGGGGAGACGCUGACAUAGGCCCUGGGCGGCCCCGGCCCCCGCCGCCGGAGCACCGCCGCCCCGCAUCCUGCUCGGGGCCCGCCGCCACCGCCGCCGCCUCUGCUCGUGUUGCCAAUAAACCGCUGUGCUCCUGCCCUGCCUGCUCUCUGCCUGCCUGCCUGGGGCUGGGCCGCGGGAUGCCCGGCUCCCUGCCACCGUCCUGGAUGUCCAGAGCCUGCCCUUCCAUCUGCCUGACCCUCGGGGUUUGGGCACACAUUCCUCCCCGCACAUGGGGCUGUGCCACAAGGGCCACGGGCCAGGCUGUUGUCAGCUCUUGGAGGCACYUGACCAGCCUUUGGGGUGCUUUGUGCUCCUACUGGGGUCCCAGCAGAAAAUCUAGUGCUCCCUGUGGUUUGGAGGGUGUCUCAGCCUUCACAUGUASAUGUGUUAGAGCAGUGUGGUGACAGCAGGCUCACCUGGUGUGGUGCACAUGCCACAAGAGAGGGCCCUUUGCCAGUACCGGGGAAGAGGUGCUUAUCCUCYUCUCUGAGAGGCAAGUGGCAAGGAGAAGGAAGUCUCUCAGCCCUUCCCACCACUCCUCUAUUUAUCCCAGUUUUUUCAGUGGGCAUCUYGACCUGCAGAUUCAUUGCUCACAUUUAGUGUUUGUUGGGGAGUCCAUGGAGUUGGUAUCAACAAAGRUUUUAUUGCUUCCCAGCAGACUUUAAAUGUCUUGGUGUAUUCUCCAACUGUAAUCUUAGCUUUUUCACGAUGGCAGUGUAAUGCCUGCAGUGUUUACUAAGCACCUGGGUAACUUAAUGUUCAUGUUUUUGAGGCUGACAUCAGCUGGUUCCUUGCUGACGUAGAUCCUCCUCAAAGCUCACAGUUUUGUUCUCCAUGGGAAUCUGUUUUUCAUUGUUUGAAUAAGUGUUCCUCCAGCCUCUCCCUCAGCUCUUGUAGUGGUUACUGUGAGGUUGGGCUGCACAUCAGGGAGGCUUGGCUGCUUUUGGGGCAUAGUAUCUGUGGAAAUAAGUACUUUAUAGCAGCCCUGCAGUGGAGUGGAACAGCCAUGGAUCACUGCACUUAGGUGUAGGGGGGAUACCAAAUUAGAAUGCAGUCAUACAAGAUUGAUAGAUGGAGGGAAAGCAGCUCUCUCUUGGCUCCAAGGCAGCUGCUCUGUAGCUCAGGUACAUCAGAAGUACUGCUGUGGCCCAUGCAUUGCUUACUGUGGACUUGCUGUAGUGGAGCCCUGAGAUCUCUGUCCUUGGAGAUAACAUUACUUACCUGAACUGAACUGAUCUGACUUUGAAAUUGGCCUUGCUUUGGAUGGGAGGGAGGUGAGGCAGAGACCACCAGAGGUUCUUGCCUAAAUUGUGCUAAGAUUCUUCAGUCCAAAGACUGAAUAGGAGACAGGGUACCACAAACAUCCCUGGGGCUGGGGCUGCACUGGGCUGACCUCAUAACUCAAGAUCCAUUGCUUGUUCCCAGCUAGUAGUGUGGUGUUUCUCAGAUCCCUUCCAGUUUSCUGACUGGCUGUUGUAAUGUCUCUUUUUCCUCUGAUACCAGGAUUUUGCAAAGGAGUAGGUUUUGCCACACAGUUGGUGGGAUCUGCUGGAAGGUACCAGUUCUCCCAGGAUUUGUGCUCUCAGAGAGCUUCAGCACAGCUAGUCCGGUUCAUGUCCCAGCAGGGGUGCUGGGGUGCUCACUGCAGUACAGAGUUCUGCCCUUUUUCUUUCAAGGAGUCUUAAAAGUUCCCUAAGGAACCAGCCAUUCUGCUUGGGUGCUGCUUAUUCCAGGCCAUGUCUGGGAGGUGGAGAAACCUCUUGGUCCUCAGGCUGAUACAGCUUCUUCCAGCAGCUGCUGUGGUGUCCAGCCUUGUAAUAGAUGGAACUUUGACACAUUUCAUUAUUUUAAAUACUGGGGAAUUC